AUGGCAUCUGGCAAGAAGAAAAAAACCAAUAAGGAGUUGGAUGCUGCUGCCGCUAUAGAGGCUGCCACAAGGAAUGCUAGACUUGCUGCAGCAAAGAAGAAAGAGAAGAGCCAUUACAACCAGCAGCCUACGCGGCAGUUUUGCUCAUUGAAGAGUUCGAUAUCUAAUGGUUCAUGA